GCGUUGCUCGCUGCUGAGUGACAUUCAGUCCGAUCACCAGGAUCCGAUUGCGACCUGUUGAAGACUGUUUGUUUUUAAUUCCUUCAGCUCAGAUUCUAAAGAGAAAAAUAAAACUUUAGAUUCUUUUUCUUUUCUGUCAAAGCAGUUCUUGAAACAUUGAAUCCCUUGUAAACUGGUAGAAAUGAUGAAAAACGGACAACACGGUACCAAGGAUCAGAGCGAAGAAGCCGGCAGCAGUACGCCGGCUGCCUCCGCGCGUAGCCCGGAGAAAAGGAAGAGGGUUGUCCGGUUGUGGUGCGAUGGAUGCUACGACAUGGUGCACUACGGUCACUCUAACCAGCUGCGGCAGGCUAAGUCUAUGGGCGAUUACCUUAUUGUCGGGGUGCACACGGACGCGGAGAUUUCCAAACACAAGGGCCCUCCGGUUUUUACUCAGGAAGAGCGCUACAAGAUGGUGCGUGCAAUCAAGUGGGUGGACGAGAUAGUGGAGGGGGCCCCUUAUGUCACAACGCUGGAAACGCUGGAUAAAUACAACUGUGACUUCUGUGUGCAUGGAGAUGACAUCACGCUAACAGUGGACGGUAAGGACACGUAUGCGGAGGUGAAGCAGGCUGGGCGAUACAGAGAGUGUAAGCGCACCCAGGGGGUCUCCACCACCGACCUGGUGGGGCGGAUGCUUCUAAUGACCAAAGCCCACCACAGCAACAUGGAUAACACAGAUUACCAGCAGCACACCGACAACUUUGGAAAGGGUGCUACAGCCCACAGCCCAUGGACAGGGGUGUCUCAGUUCCUGCAAACAUCCCAGAAGAUCAUCCAGUUUGCUUCAGCUAAAGAGCCUCAGCCUGGAGACACCAUCAUUUAUGUGGCUGGAGCCUUUGAUCUUUUCCACAUCGGCCACGUUGACUUUCUGGAGAUGGUUUAUAAGCAGGCAGAGAGGGCUUAUGUUAUUGUUGGUCUGCACUUUGAUCAGGAAGUGAAUCGCUACAAGGGAAAAAACUACCCCAUCAUGAACAUCCAUGAGAGAACCCUGAGCGUCCUUGCCUGCCGGUAUGUGUCUGAGGUGGUGAUCGGUGCUCCUUAUGCUGUAGGCAAGGACCUGCUGGACCAUUUUAAGGUGGGGUUCUCCUAAAAUGUUUACUAAGACCUACUUUAUCUGUUCAGAUAGAGAGAAUUUCAGCAGCCUGA